AUGUCGUCGACGUAUACUUCCAUUAGAUUCCCAAGGCGACUGUGGACUAAUUCCAUGAGUUCAGUUACAUGGGAUGGUCCCUCUUUCUCUGAUUCGCGCCCCUCUGAAGAGUUUACCUUCGGGUUUUUUACUCCGGAGCUCACAAUAGAAGCCCAACACAUUGUUAGGCUUCAGCAUCUCUUCCUCAUCCUCAUCGAAGAAGAGAGACGCGUUGUUGUUUCGCUGCCUCAGAGGUGCACCCGCCGCCGCCCCUGCGUCCAACCCGCAGCCACCGGCCGUCGCGAGCUUGCAUGGAGGCAUCGCCGCUGCCGUCCAGCUCCCAACCCUCCGCUGUUCGCUGUUCGAGUUCUCCCUACCUCUUCCCGAAGCCGCUACUCGCCCCUGCAAGUCCUCGCCGCUUCGUUCUCCGUUUCGAUUCCAAGGAAAGACCGCCACCAGGAGUGGUGGUGGAUUAGCCACGAUUGGAGAGGCUCGACAGAACCCCCAAACUCCACGAUCUCUGCCGCGGAUGGUGGUUCUGAUGGCGUGAGCACGCACCGCUGUUACAGAAGCACCAUGGGCUUCUCCCUUCCACGCCGCGAAAGCGCCGCCGUCGGCGCUGCUCCUCGCAUCGUCAUCAGUGGCGGGUGUCCGCGGGUUCGACGCCUCCCAAGGAAGAAACCGCCAAGCGUCCUCCCCUCCUGCAUCUCGAUCUGGCCGCAAAUCUCCUGGGUGCGUCAUCGACGAAUCAAACUAAGGUCGAUCCCCUGCAGUCCACACAAUACCUCUACCACCAGGUUUGUUUGUGACUUCUGUAUUGUUCUUGGUCAUAAAUCUUGUAAUUGAACUAGAAUCAUUUGUCACUGAAAUUGCCAGAUCUGCUGUGGUUGGAAUCCCUGGAAUUGAGUUUUCAAAUGCGUGAUCUGCUGGUUGACAUUCUACUUGAACUGCAAGUUCUGUUAAUUCUUCAGAGCCGUAAUUGUUGAAUUGUUUGCUUCUGGAGAGGUUGAAUUAUUGUUGAUUGGUUGAAAAGAUGAGGUUGAUUUGGCUUGAAUCUGUAAAAUUAGAUGUUGCUGCUUCUGAAUUUUGGUUGAAAUUUCUGCUGUUAGUGCACAAUCGGUUUCCCCAUGGAUCCUCUUGGUCACGAUUGCACCAAUUUUGUUGCAAGUUGCCUGAAUUUCUGCAUGUAUCUUGGAUCAUUUUUCACAAUCUGAAUUCAAGCGAUCUAAGCUAGUUUGAAUCUGAUCCCAAAUUGCGUCAUCAUAGGAAUUUGGCAUGGUAUUCAAUGAAAGCACCAUUUGAUACGAAUUUGUAUCAAGAACUGGAGAGAAUUAGAGAUAAUCAGAGAGAAUAGAAGAGAAAUUCUUAGAAUUAGGGCCAAAGAGAGAAAGUAGAGUUUUCAAUUAUACCAUGCAUAUCUCACAUUGUUAUAUUAUACUCCUAUUUAUAGUAUAAUUCUCUAAUUGGGCUAGCCCAAUCUAAUUGUAUCAUUUAAUUAAUAAUAUUAUAAAUAUAAUGUGUACUAAUAUUUCUUUAAA